GACUUGGCGUCGGUUGGCGCAGAGGCGUACUAAUCUUCUCCUGCGUCCCGCCUCACCCUCAGGUAGCCCGGAAGAUGGCGGCGGCGAGGCCAGCUGUCGUUGCUGCUGCCGCCGAUGUGGUUGGCUGGGCUGUGUAAGGGAAGCCGAGGGGGGUGGGAUUUCCCUCUUCCUCUCUUUUUAUUGUUAUUACUAUUAUUUUGGCGGGACCAAUGCCGGGAACAGGCGAGCCGCGCGGACUGAGGGGAGUCGCAGUGGGUGCCGAGAGGCCUGGCCGCGGGCGGCGCUGAGGACUCGGCGAGAGCCCCUCGUGGAGGGCGGUGGUGCCCGGGCGGGAUGCGGGGUAGGCGCCGGCGGCGGUUCCGAGGGGCCAGCGGACGGCUGGACCGGCUUCUGUCCCUCGGGCUCGGACUCCUCUUCCUGUUGCUGGGCGGCGGCGAAGCGGCCCCACUUCCGCAAGCAGUUGCUGGGGAAGCGGCCACUACUGAAGCUCCCUUCUCAUUGGUGAUUCUUUCUGCUUGUAGUUUUGUAAUCUUGGUAGUACUGCUUGUGAACUGUGUAUCCUGUUGUAAAGAUCAAGAGAUAGACUUCAAAGAAUUUGAAGAUAAUUUUGAUGAAGAAAUAGACUUUACACCACCCGCCGAAGACACCCCAUCAGUUCAAUCUCCAGCAGAAGUGUUCACACUUACAGUUCCCACCGUUUCUUUACCAGCUCCAUCACAGUUUCAGCUUCCUACAGAAGGAUUGAAAUCCCAAGUUGCCCGACAGAAUCUCAGCUAUAUUCAAGAAAUUGGAAAUGGCUGGUUUGGAAAGGUUUUGCUUGGGGAGGUUUACACAGGCUCCAGUGUGGCAAGAGUAGUUGUAAAGGAACUGAAAGCGAGUGCCAGUCCCAAGGAGCAAGAAUGUUUUUUGAGGCAUGGAGAGCCUUAUUUAGUUCUUCAGCAUCCAAAUGUCCUCCAGUGUACAGGGCAAUGUGUGGAAGCCAUUCCCUAUCUUUUAGUAUUUGAAUUUUGUGACUUGGGUGACCUAAAAACGUAUCUGUGCAAUGAACAAGAGAAUAUUAAAGGAGAUUCCCAAAUCAUGCUGCUACAGAGGAUGGCAUGUGAGAUUGCUGCUGGACUCUCCAUAAUGCAUAAGCACAAUUUUGUGCAUGGUGACCUAGCCUUAAGGAACUGCUUCCUUACAUCUGAUUUAAAUGUAAAAGUUGGAGAUUAUGGAAUAGGAUUCAGUCGGUAUAAGGAAGAUUAUAUUGAAACAGAUGAAAAGAAGCUUGUAUCUCUUCGAUGGACUGCACCAGAGCUGGUGACAAGCUUCCAGGACAGACUAUUAACAGCUGAGCAAACAAAGUACAGUAACAUCUGGUCACUAGGCGUAACGCUGUGGGAGCUUUUUAGUAGUGCUGCAAAACCUUACUCUCAUUUAUCUGAUGAUGAAGUCCUGAUGCAGGUCAUAAAAGAGAAACGGACUAAGCUCUUGGAACCAUGUCUUGAACAGCCAUAUUCGGAUAGAUGGUAUGAAGUUCUACAGUUCUGUUGGUUAUCUCCAGACAAGAGAGCAACAGCAGAAGAAGUGUAUAAGCUUUUAACAUAUCUCCGUAUGCAAAGUCACAGGGAUUCAGUGAUUGAUCCUGAACAGUGGAAUGAUCUCAAACCCAAUACUUCAAACAGAGAGCCCUCGGGUAACUCUGCCUUUCCAAUCCUGGAUCAUUUCACAGGUAACAGAUUUGGCCGUGAGCUGGAAGAAGUUCUCACGGUAACUGAAACAAGUCGAGGGCUCAACUUUGAAUACAUCUGGGAAGCAGCCAAACAAGACCAUUUUGAAUGCAGCCAGGCAAAUCCUGAUGAAGAGAUGACAUACACAAAUAUCUUCUUCCCAGUGGAGGUUUUUGAGAGCACACUUACAGAGCAAGGGCCUGGAGCUCAAGAUGAAAGUGGGCAGGAUGUACUUAGUGUCCCUGGGGAACUUCCUGUGUUUAAUGCCCAUAAACGUUCUGUUGGAAAUGAUUAUUACAUCCAAUUAGAAGAGAAGAAUGGAGGCAGUACUGUAAACUUUGAUAACCAUGCUGCUAUAUUGAUGACAGAUGUGGACAGUCAUGACAAAAACUCUCAUUUCAUGGUUCUUGGGGACUUUGCUGCUGAAACAGCUACAGAUGGGGACUCUCUCUUUUAUAAUACAAAUCUCAAGGAACAGGGCUUGCAUGUUAAUGGUCCUGAAAGCUCUUUCCAAGAUAUAUUUAGUGAUGUCGACAGAGCAGAACAAUUGACAGAUACAAGAAAUAUAUCUGAAUCUGCUGAUCUAAAUGAUAUUUGUGUGGAACUUGAAGCAGUUUCAUGUGCAGAUCUAGAAUCUAUAGUUGAUCAACCCAAGAAGGGAAGUCACAGACAUGCUUCUGAAAAUGAAGCUGUUUACCUGAAGGAGGCUAUCAUGGAGCAGCCUGAUCCUAGUCUGCUGAGUUCAGAAGAACUGUCAGAUAACUUUCUUUUUCUUCAAGAGAAGAAUUUGCUAAAGGGGGCACUGAGUAACAAAAGUGGCAGUGGUGAUUUAAACAGAGCUUCUGACAACAAAAAUAUGCUCGAUCCACCGAAUACAAACUCUUUUGGGAUUGAAGUUAAAACAGCUGGAAAUACUCCAGUCCAUAAAGUUGAACAUUUUGUGCAAUUGGGUGCAAAUAAAAACAAGAGUAUUCUGCCCCAAUCCCUUGUGCAAAGUCAAAUGCCUCCUAUCUCACCUGUGAUGGAUAAGCAGCAGACACCCUCCUUAUCAAGAACUGGAAAAAAUCCUCCUAAUAUAGGAGUUGAUGACUCUGUCUGCAGUAUUGAUUAUUCUUACUGUGGCAUGGAGCAAGUCUCUGAAACUGGCUUUACUGAAAUGUUAUCCAUGAAUACCAAACCCCAAACUGAUGGGAGUCGCCGCUGUCAUAGCACUGCCCUCAGUGCUCAAGAGGAAGAAAGACAGAAAUAUAGCCAGGAGCCUAAAUACAAUAGUGGUUAUUGUGAGGAGGUGAUUGAUAACUUGGAGAAGAAGCAAUCUGGAUUAGAACUAGGUGAUAGGUAUCCUCUGGAGAAAAACAACGAAACUUUAACUGAGAUUCAAAAAUGUAACCAAGAGACUCUCAUCAAAGAUGUUAUUCUUUCAUCUGUCCUUCCUUCAGAUUGUACAAGUCAUGACAGUCUACUGGAGGACAGUUUAUCAACUCCCAUACAAAGCAUGGAGCAAUCUGUAGAUACACCAGACUCAUUGGAUUCAUUAGAAGUUAAUGAGGUCUUAGAGUCUUUAGUGGGUCAAAGUCUCCAAAAACCUUUGCCGCCUGAUAAACCUGCUGACAGUGGCUAUGAAACUGAAAACCUGGAGUCUCCUGAAUGGACUUCACACCUUAUUGGCAGCAACUCCAAUGAAGACACAGCUUUGUCUAAUGCUGGUGGUGAUAGGAGUUUGCAUGAUAAUCCUAUGAUCAUUCUGUCAUUGGAUGUAAAUAUUGACUCAGACACAGUAAAAAUCAUAGAUUCAUUUGAAGCAGUCUCUAAGACUACUUUUGGUGGCAUCCAGAAUUCGUACAGAGAUUCUGCCUAUUUUUCUGAUAAUGAUUCUGAACUAGAUAAGAAAUCUGUUAUAAAUAUAUUGGCAGAACAAAAAGUAUUAAUAGAGGAUGGUGUGUGCAGUGACUACUUUGAAAUGGAAAAGAAUGAAAAUGCAGAAAAUCGGCUAAAAGGAAAUCAAAUAGCUAAUGAACAGUUCACUAAUAGCUCAUGCUUGCAGCUAGAAUUGGAUGAGAGGCUAGAGCUACAUGAGACGGAUGAAACAAAGCAGGAGUGUCUUCAUAAAGGUGACAAUACAACUUUAUUGCUACCUGCGGUGGAUCGAGAGCCAACUGAUGAAGAUGAUGUUGAAAUAAUAUAUGAGGAUUCCCCCAGAAGCAUCUCUUGUACAGGCACGAAUACAGCAGACUUUCUUCCUGAGAGAGAUCUAAAGCUCAUCCCUAACUUGUAUGGUCCUGCGGAAGUCUUUGAAAAAUCCUUACUGGGCCACUUUGAAGGUCAUAAACUGAAAGAGCCAGACAUUGAAGGAAAAUACCUUGGUAAACUUGAUGUUUCUGGGAUGCUUGAUCUGUCAGUGGAUGGGGAUGAUGCUGAUGAGGAAGAUGAGAAUAGUGAUGAUUCUGAGGAUGAUAUGAGAACUUUCCAUUUGCAUGGACUUAGCUCUGACAGUGAUGAGGAAAUUGUGCAUCAAGUACCAGUAAUCCUUACUAACCAGGAUGAGGGCAGACAUCUAAGGAGCUUGUUAAAACAGCCAAAGCUGCUGGAGCAGAACAACCCUUCUGAAAACUUUCUGAAGAAUGAGAGAAAAGCAGUAACAUUCUUCGAUGAUGUCACAGUCUAUCUUUUUGAUCAGGAAACACCAACCAAAGAGCUUGGUAAUCGUGCUCCAGAGUCAAAUCACUCAGAUUCCAGUAACACUCCUGUUCCUGCUUCAGACCUUGGUUACUUGAAUAAAUUUACAAAUUCAGAAAGUUCUACUGAUGAAGAAGGUGGAGGUUUUGAAUGGGAUGAUGAUUUCUCUUCUCCGGAGCCCUCCUUUAUAUCAAAAGCAGCCAAUAGUCUCAUUAGUUCCAAGCCUUCUCUUCAAACCUCAAAGUACUUCUCCCCACCGCCUCUUCCUCGAAGCUCUGAACAAAGCUGGUCAAGUCCUUUACCUUACUCCAGGUUCUCUAUCUCUCCGGCAAACAUUGCAAGCUUUUCGCUCACUCACCUUACCGAUUCUGAUACUGAACAGGGAGGCAAGUAUUUCCCUUCAAGCAGUACUUUGUUGCAUCAUUGUGGCUUUAAACAAUGCUUACUUGACCGUAUUGGAAGAUGUUGAAGUUAUGCAAAAGAA